UAUAACCUGAAAUUGAGAAAGGUUCUCUCAAAACUAAAGUAUUUAACUAAGUUUGGCGUUUUUGAAGAUUACUUCUAGAGAAUUCAAACAUGACCCAACCAAUAACCCCAUCUGAUCUAAGCUUUUUCGAAAAGGAAUCUCGACGUAGAAGACAGGUAUACGAGGCGCGCAGAUCGUAUGGAGGGCCGCGAAGCAAAUGGCUUCCGGGACCUGUAAUGCAGGAGAGAAUCAUCAACGGAGUGAAGCUCAGCGUGUGGAUGUUCAUAGCGAUCGCAGUUAUGUCCUACUUCAUCAUCAAAAAUACUAAAGGGGAACUGGAGGAUCCUAGCAACAGCUUUCAGGAUCACACAAGACAAAUUAUAUUCAAGCCCAUCACCCAAGAGGAUUAUAUACCGGCACCUGAAGCGCAGAAGCAAAAAGCAAAAGUAAAGCGAAGAAAAUCAUAAGUUCAAUUUCAUUGAAAUAAAUCUGUUUGUUGUAUUAUA